UCACACGGAGUGCCCGGAGUGCGGGGGCAGGCUGGAGCACGGCUCCGGGUGCCGAAUCCCGCCGUGUCCCGGCGGGCCGGGCGCCCUGCGGCGCUGCGGGCAGCGCUGGGGAGCAGGAGGAGGAGCCGCGGUGCCCGGGAAGCAGCUGCGGUCAGGGGAAGGGCGCAGGAGGACAGGCACACCGCUGUUGUGAGACACGGUUGAAGACUUUGGGCGACAAAUCAAGAGAUGCAAAGAAAAGUAGGCAAAGAACUGUUCAGUGUUUGCCAGAGUUUUCUGCUGGACUGGAAUUACUAAGCAGAUAUGAAGAUGCUUGGGCUGCCCUUCAUAAAGGAGCCAAAGAUUGUGCAAAAGCUGGAGAGCUGGUCGACAGUGAAGUUGUGAUGCUUUCUGCACACUGGGAGAAGAAAAGGAGCAGUCUGGUGGAACUGCAGGAUCAGCUUCAGCAAAUACCUGGGUUCUUAGCAGAUCUGGAAUGCCUCACAGCAAGCCUAGCCCAGCUAGAGGCAAACUUUGAGGAAAUGGAGAAUCAUCUGUUGUGUCUUGAGGAACUAUGUGAGCAGUGUGAAUUGGAAAGAUACAAAUGUAUGCAGACAUUACAGCUGGAAAACUACAAGAAAACAAAAAGGAAGGAACUGGAGACAUUCAAAGCUGAACUUGAUGCUGAACAUGCACAGAAGGUUUUGGACAUGGAGCACACGCAGCAGAUGAAGCUAAAGGAGCGCCAGAAGUUCUUCGAAGAAGCCUUCCAGCAGGACAUGGAGCAAUACCUUUCCACGGGCUACUUGCAGAUAGCAGAGAGGAGAGAACCGAUUGGAAGUAUGUCUUCCAUGGAGGUGAACGUGGACAUGCUGGAGCAGAUGGACCUAAUGGACAUGUCUGACCAGGAAGCACUUGAUGUCUUUUUAAACUCAGGAAGCGAAGACAAUAAUGUGCUCUCUCCCAUGCUGGGGCCCGACUCCAACACCUACGUGAACGAGAUCAGUCUCCAGGUGCCAAGCCAGUCGGAGUUACGGCAGAAACUCUGUUCCCUGUCCUCAACCUGCACCGACUCCGCCAGCCAGGAUGCAAGUGAAGGAGAGUCCCCUGUUGUUCAGUCGGAUGAAGAGGAGGUUCAAGUGGACACUGCCCUUGCUGCUGUAACUGAGAGAAAGGGUGCUUCAGAUGGCAGCGAUGAAAGUGACUCUCAAACUAUUUGAAUCUUAAAACCAUAUCCUUUAAGAAUGACUUCUGAAUGAAUGAACAAGUGAAUGAAGAGCUUGCCUGUGUAACAAUUUGCUAACCAAGUGUAACAGCCAGAUCUUUUUACUUAGUAAUACUGCCUUUUUACAAAAUUGCCAGUCAUGUGGAGGUUAGUUUUUAAAGAAAAAAUUAUGCCUAAAGCACACACACUUUAACAGUAGUCUUGGGGCUCAGGGGAGCAGUAAAACUAUUGUAUAUACUAUGUAUAAGAGAAUUUAAGGGGAAAGGUAGAAGUUACUUUGACCACUAACCUUUAUAUGGCUGAUUGGAAGUACUUAAGAGUUGACGUGUAAUACUGAACCCAAAUUGUUCCUUGCAUGUUUUCAGCUGCUGCAACUGAAGAUUUAGGAUUCAAACCAAAAUGAAAAGUUAUUUUCUACUCUUUACUACCUACUGUCUGCCUCCUGCCUUUGUCUACUAACGCAGCAGUGUCUACUGUUCUCACACUUCUUAUUCAGGACCAACUUAGUUAUAGGUGUUACGGAAAAAAUAAGAAACCAAGAAGGAGGAGAGAUGCAUAUGGAAAUAUUGCACUCCUUGUGGAGCAGGUAUCUUAGCAUUGUGUACUUACUCCUCUUUCAAGAUAAAAUAAAGAAUUUCUAUCCCAA